UACAGAGAAAAGAGGACUCUGCUAGCAGGGAAGUAUGCAACCCGCUAUGCAAGGGACCCGGGCUCCGUAGGGUCCACAGGCCUGGCGGAAAAGUUUGCUUCUGCGCACUGGAUAGCGCGGGAAAUUUCAAGAUGGCGGCUGUUGGAAACCUUGACUUCCAAACGAAAUGUGUGUUGUUUUAUGGUCUCUGACAUCCGCGAUUGCGUAAAAAGCAACAUGCCUGCUUGGGUAAAAACGUCAAUUGCUCUUUGCGACCUCGAGAAGCUAUUGACUUGUACUAUAUGCAAUUGCCUGGUGAACGAUCCUUGCUCUCUUGAGGCAUGUGAUCAUUUCUUUUGCAGGUUGUGUGCACAGAAGAUCGUAGGGAAUGAUUCCAAGUGUCCUGAAUGCGGUGCAUUCUCCUGGGUCAAAGACUUGAAGACAAACCGGCAAUUGGCUAAUACUGUUGCCUUGUUUAUGACAAUGCAAUCUGCUGUAAAUCACAGCUCACACACAUUAGAUCCACCCACAUGUGCUCAAGGGCUUGGGAAAAGAGAGUUUGAUGGUAACAUUUGGGAAAAUACAGAGCAAAUGAGCGAUGGAAUGACUGACACAUACAUGUUUCCAUCCUCCCUUGAAGAAACCAAAAGCACCACUGUAACAAAUACUGUUUUAAAAGAGUCGACCCCUGAAAAUGAUAAACACAGUGUGGUAAGAAAUAAAGAGAAAAAUAAAGCUGGGAGCAAAUUCACAAAAACUUCUAGUAUUCUAAACUACCUAACCUUAAAGUGCAAAGAUGGACCUGAAGAAAGAGAUUAUGGAACAAAUACUAUGUAUGACCCAUUGGUAAUAAGUGAAGAAAGGAGUAGUUCUAAAGAUGGAAACCAAAAACUUGAAAGUACCAGUGAGGUUGCCAUUAGCCGAAGUAGAAGAGUAACAAAAUGUGAAUCUUUCACUGUGAUUAAACCAAACCAAAUACAAAUUAUGAAUAAUGAGAAAAAGAGUCAGAGCAGAGGAGAAUGUGAUGGCAUGACUCCAAAUAAAACAAGAACAACUACAAAAAGAAAACUUGCAGAUGGUCUUACUUCUAAGCAACAGGUUUCACCACAGUCCCAAGAUGAAAGACAGACAAUGAGAACUCCCAGAGCAGGCAAAAGGUUGAGAACUAAUAGUCAAGCAAGGUCUGAGCAACCAGUUACUCCUAUUUCUACCCCUAAAAGUUCCAAACAUGUUGUGUCUAAAGUGGGGCAGACUCCAAGAACUCCUGCUGGGAGAUGUAAUGUAGGAGUUUCACCUCUUAUAAAGAAAAAUAAACGUGGGGAGACUUUAUUGCAUAUUGCAGUUAUUAAGGGAAAUACAGAGGAUGUCAGGAGGCUGUUAUACGAAGGUGCAGACCCUAACACUAGGGACAAUGCCCGCUGGACUCCACUGCAUGAAGCCUGCAACCAUGGUCAUGUUAUAAUUGCUGAGCUGUUAUUGGAUCAUGGAGCUUUGAUUGACACUCCUGGGGGUUUUGAUCAUGACACCCCUCUUCAUGAUGCUGUUACCAACAAUCAACUUGAAGUUGUAAAAUUGCUGGUGUCUAGAGGAGCCCCCUUAAAUAUCAGGAAUAAACAGGGCUUGUUACCCUAUGAUUAUGCCAGAACUGAUGCUAUGCAAUCCAUAUUAAAAGAAUCCUGCAAGAAGAAUAACACAGUUGGGCAAUUAACACAUACAUUGCCUCAAGUUUCAAGUGAAGGGCCAAAAGUACUUCUUUCUACUGGACUUAGCACCAGUGAAAAGGAUAUCCUUCAGAAGUGUGCAAUCAAACUUGGAGGGGAGGUUGUUGAUGAGUUCUCUACCAAAGUUACACAUAUCAUCACUUGUGCCAAUGAGAAUAGAGUAUGCGCACGCACUCUAAAAUACCUGAGUGGGGUGUUGUGCGGAAAAUGGAUCGUCACGUUUGAUUGGAUCUCGAAGAGCAUCAGAUGCGGAGAUUGGGAGAAUGAAGAGCAGUUUGAAGUUAAAGGAACAGCUGAUGCUCAGCUUGGGACUCCAAGAAUUGCUCGGAUCAAUGCAAUAAAAUGUGUGCCUGGGUUAUUUGAAGGGUGCAGUUUCUAUGUCCAUGGAACCUAUGAUCCUGCAGUUCCAAGUAAGGAAGAAAUAACACAACUGAUUAAGUAUGGUGGUGGAAAAGUCUUGUCACGCGAGCCUAGGGCAGAUGACUUGGAGCCAAGCAUAAUGGGCAAGGAUACAAACACCCCUUUUCCCACGGUUGCUUACCAUGCAAGACCCAACUCCAAUCAGUAUUGGUGCACUAACUACAUCAUAUUUGAUCCAUUGUGUGAGAAACAGCCCAAGCAUAUAUUUAGCCGACAUGUGUCCACAGCCCCCUUUACCUGGUUGCUAGAUUGUAUUUCACAUUACCAGAUCCUGGAUGUUGAAAAAUGAUUAUCAGGAAUACGAUACAAAAUGCAAAGUUAACUCUCUUGUAGUUGGACAACCAAUAUGCAUAUUGGUACAGUUCACAUUCAUAAAGGUAAACAUCCAGGCUUGAUUAUUGUACUGUAUGUGUCUGCUUACUUAGAGUAAUAUGUAAGAACAGAUGUCAAUUGGUAUUUGCAAAGGUCACUAAGAGCUUUAUGAGGGCAGGUUUCUAAAUGAUCAGAAUAACAGGGGUGGAUACAGGGGAGGUGUAUUGGGUGGUUAUUCACCCCCUUUUUGAG